CCCGCCCACCUUCUCUUGUGCUGCCCGCUUGUCCCAUAUCGAUCGACUUCGAACCUGGAUUUCACGUCUUGUCGUCAUGGAAUAAUCCCUUAACAAAGCUCUUGAAGUCAUCAGUCGACAGUCAGCAAAUGGCUGUAGAGCAGGAAACGAUAGCGCAAGCCCUUGCGGCUGAUUUGGCACCAGGCGACAUGGAUAAAAACACCUCCAGCUCCUCGGAUUGCGGGCCUUUGACUCAAGACAGACCGCGACAUUUGGACAGAGAGCGCCUGGACAAAGGGGAGACUCCAUCAUCGGAGCAAUCUGCCCCAGGGAAGACGUCGCGCAAGAAAGAUGGGACCAUGAUGCCUCCCCUUGUGGCUCCUGCGACCGUCGAAGAGCAGGACCUGUCAACAGUCACCAACGAGUUCAUGAACCCCAACGCGACAAAGAUCCCCAAGGAAUCCAUCCUCGCCAUGUUUUCCGACGAGGACACAUGGAAAAACCUGUCGACGGCCGCGCGAGAGAACUCUCGCUUGCACAGAAGAAGCGUCAUGGCACAAAUCCUCUACCUCAGCUGUCUCAAGAACUCUGUCCUCCCGGAGCUGCUCCAUCGAGGCAACCUGCUCGUGCAGGGCACAUUUCCCUUCUCUGCGAUGUCACAGGACAUCAUUGACAAUCAAUACGCGUGGAUCGCCUGGGCCGUCGCGCUCGACGAAACCAUCGCCAAUGCCCUCAAGCAAAUCAACUGGCUGGACCUCCUUGAGGGUGAAUACGUGUCCGUCGACCCGCUGUGGAUAAAUUUCUGGCGUUUGCACGAAGAAGACGAGCGAGAAAAGGCCCACCGCCCAUGCUCGGAGCAAGUGACGCCACAAUCUCCCACCCCGCCUGAACUGGAGAAAAUUUAUGUGGAUCUGGCAGGGCAUAACCGACGCCGACUGUUCCUGCAGCUGAAGAUGAUGCAAGGCAGGGCCUGGGUUGCGCGACUGUUUGAGCAAGUGCCACCGUGGAUCGAGUGGGAGGAGGUCGUCAGGGAGAUGAUGAGUGCUCAGAUCAGUGGGCAGUUUCAGGGCAACGAUUGGGCUGGGGGCCAGGAAAGUGGGUUUGUCGAGGAAAUGGAAGACGAGGAAGAAUUUGAGUUGUAA